GGCGUCUGGGCAGGGAAAAAAACCCGAGUGACCAUAAGCACGGAGAGUUAGUCCGUCAUCUGCCUUCAUGCCUGCCAACUGAGCUCCGUCCGGGGGGCCGCUCCUCUUCCCCAGCGCCGACGUGGAUUUACCGCCCGUGGGGGGGGGCUGAGCUCUCGUCUGUUUUCGGCUCCGCACACCUGGUUUGGACGCUGGACGCCAUGUUGUGGAAACUAGCAGAUAAUGUCAAGUACGAAGAGGACUGCGAGGACCGGCACGAUGGGAGCAGCAACGGGAACCCGCGGCUCCCGCACCUCUCCGCCGUCAGCCAGCACCUGUACAGCCCGGCCCCGCCGCUCUCCCACUCGGGCGCCUCCGACUUCCAGCCCCCCUACUUUCCCCCUCCAUACCAGCCGCUGCCUUACUCCCAGUCGAGCGACCCCUACUCGCACCUCGGGGACCCCUUCUCCAUCAACCCCCUGCACCAGCCGCCGCCGCCGCCCCCCAGCCAGCAGCAGAGCGCUUGGCCGAACCGGCAGAGCCAGGACCCGGCCGGGCUCGCCCCGCACGGCCGCCCCGGGCUCGUCCCGCACCUCUCGGCGCUGGAGAGCGGCUCCGCCGGCAGCCGCCGGGAGACCUACCGGCGCUCCGAGCUGCUCCUGCCCCACGGACACGGGCUGGACGCCUCGGCUCUGGCCGAUAACCUGGGCCUGCACGACAUGGCUCACCAGAUGGAGGAGGUGCAGAAUGUGGAAGAUCAACACUUACUAAUGCAUGACCAGACAGUCAUUAGAAAAGGUCCCAUUUCCCUAACGAAAAACAGUGCUCUGAGCCUCCCCUGCCAAAAGGAUGGAUUAAUUGGGGUGGUCAUAAACCCCAACGAAGUGUUUUGUUCCGUUCCGGGGAGACUUUCCCUCCUGAGCUCCACGUCGAAAUACAAAGUGACAGUAGCAGAGGUGCAGAGGCGGCUCUCGCCCCCGGAGUGUCUCAAUGCCUCUUUGCUAGGAGGAGUCCUCAGAAGAGCCAAAUCUAAAAAUGGUGGUAGAUCAUUAAGGGAAAAACUGGAUAAAAUUGGCUUGAAUCUUCCUGCUGGCAGAAGGAAAGCUGCAAAUGUGACACUAUUGACAUCUCUGGUGGAAGGUGAAGCUGUACAUCUUGCUCGUGACUUUGGUUACGUUUGUGAGACAGAGUUCCCUUCCAAAGCAGUGGCUGAAUAUUUAACCAGACCACACAUGGGCCGCAAUGAAAUGGCAAACAGAAAGAAUAUGCUUCUUGCUGCAAAGCAGAUCUGUAAGGAAUUCACAGACCUCCUCACUCAGGACAGGACUCCUCUUGGAAACACAAGACCCAGUCCCAUCUUGGACCCUGGCAUCCAGGGCUGUUUGACUCAUUUUAGCCUGAUCACACAUGGCUUUGGGAGUGCUGCCAUCUGUGCUGCCAUGACAUCCGUCCAGAACUACCUAAAUGAAGCAUUAAAAAUAGCAGACAAAUCAUACAUGAACGCUGGCGACCAGAGCCCUGCAGAAACCAACAAAACCAUGGAUAAAAUGGAUAAGCACAGGAAGUGAAAGGAAAACCAGACUUUACUCUUCCUCCUAAACAAAGACUGGGAUCUUCUUGCCAGGGGGAACAUAGAGAUUUGGUGGUUUUGUUUUUUUCUUUUGGUUUUGUCUUUUUUUUU